AUGAACUCGGGGUACAAGGGCCCAGCGCCGGUGCUGCCCGCCAUGGGCCUGCACAGCUUCCAUGCCGACUCCCCACCAUUUGCUGGCGCCGGUAUGCCCUCCCUCGAGCCUGACCAUCUCUCGCUCGCCGACGCCGUGACCUCGGGACUGAACGCCUCCGACGACCCGGACGCACCGUACUUUGACGACGAGACAGCCGACGCCGAGUUGAGUCGCGCACGUUCGCGCCGUCUCGUCAGCGGCUACCGUUUCGGCAACCCUCCCUCCCCUGUCGUUGGUGUUCGUCGCGCGGUCGACGCUGCGGCUCUGGACGCGGACGUGGAGGUCAACGACCCCGAGGAGGUGGAGGGCGUUGCGCCCAGUAACGACAGCGACAGCCCUCCCCUGACGGAGCCCGAGGCGAGCCCCGUCGUCGAAACCGAGGAGAUUGGCGAUGUCGUCGAGGGCGUCCAGUCGCUCGACCUCCCCGCCUCGACUUCGGCCGUAACUGUCAACGCCGUCUCGCCUGAGUCGACGGGCGGCUCCACGUCGGCCUCUAGGCUGCCGGGACCGCUCGCUGCGCCGCUGCACAAGGCCACGGCUGCUCGCAGGCGCUCUGAGCGGUCGCGCUUUGACGCUUUGACAGGGCUGCAUGACGGCGAGGCGGACGCGGACGCCAGCGCCCCGCUGGCCGAGCAGGGCAGCGAGGCCUACCUCAAGGGCGAGGCCCCGUAUGCGUUCCCCAAGCACAGGCUGCGCAAGACCAUGAAGGACGAGUCCAAGAUCCCCCUGGUCAUCGUUGCGUGUGGUUCGUUCUCGCCCCCAACGUACCUCCACCUGCGUAUGUUCGAGAUGGCAAAGGACGAGAUCCUCGAGUCGCAGACGUACGAGAUCAUGGCCGGCUACUACUCGCCCGUGUCGAGCUACUACAAAAAGGCCGGCCUCGCACCUGCCAUCGACCGUGUGCGCAUGUGCGAGCUUGCCGUCGAGCACACUAGUACCUGGCUCAUGGUCGACCCAUGGGAGGCUGGUCAGCCAGAGUACCAGCGUACAGCCAUCGUCUUGGACCACUUUGAGGAAAUGUGCAAUGGCGACGCUAGCGGCGUGCACAUGUCGGACGGCACAAGGCGGAAGUACAAGAUCAUGCUGCUUGCCGGCGGCGACUUGAUUGAGAGUUUCGGCGAGCCUGGCGUGUGGAGCGAACCUGACCUGCACAUCAUUCUCGGACGCUUCGGUUGUCUCAUUGUCGAGCGCGCAGGUUCGGACGUGUGGGCGUUCCUCCUCAGCCACGACAUUCUAUACCACCACCGACGCAACGUGAUAGUCAUCAAACAGCUCAUCUACAACGACAUUUCAUCAACAAAGGUCCGCCUGUUUGUGCGCCGCGGUAUGAGCAUCAAGUACUUGCUUCCCAACUCGGUGAUCCAGUACAUUCACGAGCACAAGCUGUACCGCGAGCCGGAUAGGAAGCCGCUCAAGUAG